GUGAUGAAGCUGAAGUAGGAGAAAGAGACUUAUGCAAAUUAUUUAGUAGAACCAAUCGAUAUUCUGUAAAAAUUGUCCAAAGAAUUUUAUAUUGGAUUACAAGUUCUCCGGAAAUUAGUAAGACUCCGAGGAUUGUGGAUGACUAUUGA